AUCUGCCAUAACGUAAGUGAUUAGUGACGUCAAACUCGCAAGCUUUUCUUUUGACAUUUUCUGUCUUGCGUUUGGUUUUGUCGCCGCGUGUUGAACCGGUUUUCACGAAUUUCUGCUUAAACUUCUACUUUUGUCGAAAUGUCGAUCCACAUCAAAGACUCCGACGACCUGAAGACCAGGCUGGGCGAGGCCGGCGACAAGCUGGUCGUGAUCGACUUCAUGGCCACGUGGUGCGGGCCCUGCAAGGUCAUCGGGCCCAAACUGGACGAGCUGGCCAAUGAGAUGGCAGAUUCCAUCGUCGUGUUGAAGGUUGACGUCGACGAAUGCGAGGACAUCGCAACAGAGUACAACAUCAACUCAAUGCCUACCUUCGUCUUCGUGAAGAACUCAAAGAAACUCGAAGAGUUCUCUGGCGCCAACGCGGAUAAACUCAAAAACACCAUUCUUAAACUUAAGUAAAUCUAAUAUAACGCAGUACGCCGACCGGAGAAAUAUUUAGUUGAUAUAAAGUGAAAACAAUGUUGGUAAAUUCAAAAGCAUUUAAAUUGUAUUAAAUUAUUGUAUUGUGUAUUUAGUAUUCAAAGCAUUUACAAGCAGUGAAGAUUUAUAUUUGUAAAGCUGGACUUUAAACCACGAAGUGUCUUAAUAGCACAAUUAAAGUUAGGGACGCGUACCGCAUGCUUUAAUCGUAUUAUUUUUCAUUGCAUUAUGUUACAAAAUAUUGUUACUUCAAUAAACAUUAAAAUGUA